UAGUUUAAUAAAACAAAUUAAUCAUUUGUUUGAUUGAUUUAACAGUUAGACAAUUACAGAAUCCGACAUAGCACCUCGGUGACCGGGUAAUACGGCUUGCACUCAGUCACCAGACUUGUCUUCUGCUGUAGUUGAUGUUAAUUUUCAUCAGUGGUUCUAGUCAACCGGUCAUCGCCUCCGCCCCCUCUUUUAACACACAUACAGAGGUGGGUCUUUGUUGGCAUCUUUCUUAUCGUGGCGUUGACAGCUUGCUGGGUGGUGCUCAAUCGCAACUUUUCUUGAAGAUUCUUGUUUAAUGGAACACCACUCACAAGCACCCAAAAUUGGCAACGGGGGAACUGAAGAAAGUGUUCCAAAUACUGCUCAUUUUGAUAGUAUCGAACGGUCUCCACUGCACCCACAGUCCCAGGCAAGGGUCGGACGAAAAGGCAGUGCAGUUUCUUCUCCCUCCUUGAAUAGAAAGGGUACAUUUGAAAGUAGCCAUGGCAUUGAAUCCUCCACUCCUGGAAGAUCUCGUUUGAGAUCAGUUACACGAGGAGAUGAAACUCCGGAUGACACCCCUACUGUUCCCAAAUUCGGCGAUUGGGAUGACACUGAUCCUGCAUCAGCGGAAGCAUUUAGUGGCAUAUUUGCCAGAGUAAGAGAAGAGAAACAGAGUGGAGGAAGGGUACCUGUCAUGCCAACUGAAACAUCUUACUCCAAUGAUCAAAGACGAUGUGGAAAUGAAAAUCUAAAGGGAUGUUGGUGCUUUCCAUGGGGAAAAAGAUGAUCCUUGACUUUGUAUGUGGAUGAAUGGCAAGCAAGAACGGCAUGUAGAUACGUUCUCUGAGGCUCAGUUUUGUAUACUUUGUCAUCUUAGAAAAAAUGCUGGUCAUAUUUGCGUCUUUUAUUGCUGCUGGAGGGAAUAUAUAUAUAUAUAUAUAUAUAUAUGAUGGAUUUAUUUGAUUCAAAUUCAUAUUACUUUGGUCUAUUACAAGCAUUUUCUAUUA